UGGCUGACAAAGAGAAACAAAAGAGCCCUUGAAAAGAUAAAAUCUGAACUCAUGCUGCUGGGGUUUGUCUCAUUGCUCCUGACAGUUGGACAGGGGCCCAUUUCAGAAUUCUGUAUCCCAAAAUCAGUUGGAAAUAGUUGGCAUUCAUGUGACAAGAAGCAAGAAGACACCAAGUACAAAGUGGAGGAAAAGUAUUCCGAUGACAAAGGAGGAAGAAGACUUCUAGCUUUUCUAGACUCCGGUGACAGUCCUCGUCGUGUUUUAGCCGCUGCUGUGUAUGACAAAUGCGCAGCCAAGGUAAGAACAGAUAUUCUCUUGCUUCUGUCAUGGAAAAAAAAAAACUAG